UGGACGUGUUUUUUCCAAAACAAAACAACUAAAAAAAGGCCACUGCAAACUGCAACAAAGCCGAACUCCCCAUAACCCCACCCCGAAACAAUCAACAAGCGCCGCAACCAGAAAAACAACGAGCAAAGUCCAUUAAAAAACUAAAUCAAAAACAAUGAAACAAUUGCGAGCCGCAGCUGCAUGAAACUGAGGCAAGCCCAAACGCAACGAAAGUGAAGUGAAGUGACGAAAAGUGAGCGGUGCCACAAUGGACGUCAAAGAUAUCAAGGGCGCCAAGGUGACGCACGCGGGUCUGCUCAAGCACAACACAGAUGGCACCACCGAGACACAAAAGAUCACCCAUGCCGGAUUGGUGGCACGCAGUCCGGAGGGCACCGCCGCCAAGGGCAUGAAUAUACGCGGCAAUGAGGAUCUCUGGGUCGAGAUCCAGGCGAACACAUUUCGCAAUUGGGUCAACGAGCAUUUGCGCGAGACGGGCAUGCAGGUGCACGACUGGGCAACCGACUUUUGCGAUGGCACCUGUCUGUGUGCCUUGGUCGAGAAUUUGCAGACGCGUCCGUUGAAGCCAUCCUGGAAUCGUCGGCCGGCGAAUCAGCAUCAUUAUCUGGAGAAUGCGACGACCGCCCUAAAGUCCAUCGAGGCGGAUCACAUUAAACUGGUGAACAUUGGCAAUGUCGACAUUGUCAAUGGCAAUGUGAAACUAAUUCUGGGCCUGAUCUGGUCCCUGAUUGUGCGCUACCAGAUUGGACGCAGCAAGUUCCCGCCGCGUAAGCUGAUGUUGGCCUGGCUGCAAGCCGCUUUGCCGGACUGCAAGAUCACCAAUCUGACCACGGAUUGGAAUAGCGGCGUUAAUCUAGCCGCACUCCUUGACUACUGCCAGCCGGGUCUGUUUCCGCAUUGGCGCAGUCUCGAUCCUAGUCAGAGUGUGCGCAACUGCACCAAUGCCAUGAAUCUGGCGCAACGCGAAUUCAAUGUGCCCAAGGUGCUCGAGCCGGAGUAUCUGGCCUCGCCCUGGUUGGACGAACUCUCUGGCAUGACGUAUCUAUCGUACUUCAUGAAGCCAGGUGGACCCGGCUACAAUGCCACAAUGCGCUGGGUCAACACGCAGGUCAAGGACCAAGUGAAGAACUUUACGAGCGACUGGAACGAUGGACGCGUGCUGUGCGAAAUCAUUAAGGGACUGGGCGGCUCGGCCCCGGCGCCCGAUAAGUUGAGCACCGAUCCAUUCCACUAUGAGAACAAUAUACGCAAGGCUGUCGAUGCUGGCGCCAAGCUGGGCGUGCAGCCCAUAUUGACACCCAAGGAUAUGGCCAAUCCGGAAGUGGAGCAUCUGGGCAUCAUGGCGUAUGCGGCGAAUUUGCAGUGGGUGACGCCACGGCCUCCACUCUCCGACUCGGUUAACGUCUAUCUGGAGAGCACUUCCGGCCGUGUUGGCGAACCGACGCAUUUCCGCAUCGAUGUGUUGUCGCGAGACAUCAGCUUGAGCUCGGUGCGCUGUCACGUGGUGCCACCAUCCGGUCAACCCGGGCAUCCGGUGCGGCUGAAUGCGCAUGGCGAGGGUGUCUACGUGCCAGAGCGCUAUGGCAUGCACGAGAUUGUCGUCGAAAUUGGCGAGGAUAGCCUUGGAGGGCACUUCUUCCGUGUGCUGCCGCGUCUUAUGCAGGUGGCGCCACCUGGAAUGGCACCAUGCGCCCUGGGCAGCCUGGUCGAGGUGCUGGUGAAUGCAACGGGUGCACCGAAGACAGAGGAUAUUCUGGUCACGGCUGUGUCGCCCACUGGCAUCUCGCACAAUUGCCCGCUGAAGAAGAUUGACGAGGGACACAGUGCCAUAUUCAAGCCGGAUGAGGCGGGCAUCUGGGAGAUAGCCAUCACGUACCAGGGACGUCACAUCCAAGGCGGACCCUUCACCUGUGCCGUGUUCGAUGCCUCCGGCGUCUCUGUCCAUGGGCUCGAUGGCGCCAUGCCGCUGCGUGCCCACACCUUCGAGGUGGAUGCACGCGGCGUCGGUGUCAACGGGGAGCUGCAUGUGGACAUUGUCCAUGACAAGCACUCGCUGGUCUGCUCCGUCGAGAAGAUCGUAGAGAACAAGUAUCGAGUGACCUUUAUGCCGCGCCAGAAUGGUAAAUAUCGGGUCUACAUCUACUUCAAUGGCUAUGAUGUCAAGGGAUCGCCAUUUAUCAUGCGUGUGGGCACCAAGGGACGUUCGGGUAAGACGCGCAGCAGUCCGUUGCAUGAAAGCAAGCAUCGCUCGGAGAGUCCGUCGAUGCACUUCAUCUCUACAACGAAUGCGAGGCACAAUGAUUAUCGCAAUGCAUCGCUCUCUCGUCGGGAUCUGCACAGUCAUAAUACGGCAGAGCGUACGAGCAGCUAUUCACCGCAGUAUUCACCCAAGCUGGACACAACCGAUUAUCACAGCUCCAGCUCCAGGUACUACAAGCGGGAGAGUGAGGAGAACCACGGCUCCCCCACACCUCCCCUGACAACAGCAACAACUGGCGGUUCACCCACGGUUAAAUAUCUAAACUCCGCCGAUCUAUAUACGGAAACCGGUGGCGCUCGUCGCGACUCCAAGACCUCGAACAGCAGCUCGACCAAGAACGAUUACUACUACGACAAGGAGAAUGAGCUCUAUAGUCAGCGUCGCGUCAUCAGCAAGCCCACGUUGGCACCGCCUCGCGAGGAGCGCGACCUGACAGCCACAAGCAACACGCAGAGCAGCAGCAGCACCAGCUACCAGCGGCAUCAGCAGCACCAGCAGCUGACGCACUCGCUCAGUCCAAUACCUAGUCCCACACUGAAUACGCGCUCCAGCGAGAUGCAUUCGCACAGUCCGCUGACCAUCAAGACAUCCAAUCAGUAUGAGACCUCCACGCGCAACAUAUCCAAUAGUCCGCGUCACGCCUCCGCCUCCCCGGUGCAGCGUUAUUCACCAAACAAUGCCUAUAUCAGCACAGCCACCCAUCGCAUAGGAAGUCCGGUGACCAGCACCUUGAACAAGAACGGCUUCGAGUCGACACGCGUGGAGAAAUCAUCGACGUACAAGUCCACGUCAAACUAUGUGACCGACUCGAAUGUGCGUGCGAGUCCUUCCCUGUAUGGGACAACGGAGCGAAUGCGUCGCAUUGGUUCCCCGGAGCCGCGCAUCGAUCACUCGUCGAAUGUACGGGUUUCCUCAAUGAAGCCGGCGUCGGCACGUCGUGAUAGCUGGGAUGUUAUCAAUAAGACGAAGCAUAUGCUCUCGCACAAUUCGCUCGAAUCGCUGGCGAACAUGACCGAGACGCAGCUGAACACGGAGCUCAACUACACACGCCCUGAUCUGGACAAUGAAACACAGCGCAAUACACAGUACAACAAGUUUGCGUUGCACAAACAACAACAACAACAGCAACAACAGCAACAUCAGUCGGAUUAUAGACGGGACUCCCCCGACGAUGGGGAGCGCUACAUACCCAGUGCCAUUACCGUCAAAUCACACUCGAAUAAUACAUACACGGACAGAUCUGGCGGGUAUACGAAGACAGUUAAGGAGUCCAGCGAGCAUGUCGUCACGGAGAGCAAUGGCCAUAGUCCGAGCAUUGCCAACAAUAAUUCCGGCACCGGUUACGGAUAUAGCUCACUCUCCCGAUUUCGUCCCAUAGACAGCAAUGCAACAGGUGCUCGAGCCAUACGCGUACAGAAUAUACCGAAUGGUUCGAUUGGACGACCCGUUGAGUUUGAGAUCGACGGCUCCAAGGCCGGCUCCGGCAAUCUGGAAAUACUUGUGAAUGGCGGCCGGGUCACUUCGUCGGUACGCUCGCUGGGUGGCCAACGAUUUAUAGCCAGCUUCACGCCCCACGAACAUGGAACACAUACCGUGCAGAUCACUUUCAAUGGAGAGACGGUCCCAGGUUCACCGUGGCACGCUGAGAUCAUGUCGUCACCCGGACUAACCGCUCUGGGCGAAUCCACACGCCUCGUACCCGCCAAUACACCGGCGGUUUUUGAGAUACUGCCGCCUCCUGGACAAAGCCUGAGUAAAGGCGAGUGCGUGGCAACGGUUUUGACACCCAACAAGUCAAAGCUGAAUGCCAGAGUCACCCAUGAGGCGGCAAAUGGUGCUGCACGCAUUGAGUUCGUGCCCACCGAAGUGGGCACGCACAUCAUUGAUGCGUCCAUCAAUGGCACAAAGAUCGCUGGCGGUCCUUUGAUAGCAAAGGUUUAUGAUGCCAGCCUGAUCCAAGUGACCGAGGUAAACGGCGGCGUUGUUGGUCAACCCUGCCAGUUUCGUGUGGACGCCAGUGCAGCGGGUGAGGGACAGCUGGAGAUAUCCAUCAAUGAGGGCGAGGUGCCCAAUCAUGUCCAGGUCGUUGGCGGCGGCCGCUGUCUCGUCUCCUUCACACCCGAGCAGGCCAAAUCCCAUUUGAUUGACAUCAAAUUUAAUGGCGAAACGGUUCGCGGCUGUCCCUUCGUCUGCGCCGUGGCGGACACCUCGCGCGUCCUGCUCAACCUAACCAAUCUGGAGCUGAUACCCGUCAACCGGCCCUCCUCCUUUCACAUCACGGUGAGCGGUGGUGGUGCCGCCGAACUGGCGGUCAGCGUCCGUGGUCCCCAAGGCGAACUGCCCGUCCGCGUCACUGGCGACAUCCAUGCCGGCUUCACGGCCGAGUUUACGCCCAGCAACGUUGGCAGUCACUCCAUCAACGUGGAGUACAAUGGCUUUGCGGUGCAGGGCACACCAUUUAUGGCCAAAUCGUACGAUGCCAGCAAAGUGGUCGUUGGCAGCGUCUCCCGUGGCACAAUGGGUCGCCCCGUGCAGUUCACGGUGGAUGCGGGCGAUGCCGGCGAGGGCAAUCUAGAGAUAACCAUAUCGGCAAAGGGUCAGAAUAUACCCACGCAGGUGCAUCCCCAGGGCAGUGCAAGAUUCUCCGUAUCGUUUGUGCCGACGGAGUCGUGCGAGCACACAAUUAAUGUGUCAUUUAAUAAAAUGCCCGUGCCCGGCUGCCCGAUCACAGUCAGCAUUAGUGGGGGCGUGGCAGGGCCGCAGGUGUCCCUUGGUGGACCCGGGCCGGUGCAUCAGACCAAUUCUUUUGUUAUCAAUCACAAUGGCGGCCGUUUGGAAGACAUUGAGGUCAACGUGGAAGGUCCCGCUGGCCAAUCAGUGCCCGCCCAGGUCCAUCAGUCCGCUGAGGGCGUCUUCAAGGCGGAAUUUGUACCCCGCGUCGUCGGCGAGCAUCGGGUCAAUGUAACUGUAAACGGUUUGCCAACAGCCGGCAGCCCUUAUGCGGCCAAGGUCUAUGAUGUUAGCGCCAUCAAGGUGAAGAAUGUAAGCAGCGGAACGGUGGGCAAGCCCGUCACUUUCCUGGUGGAGACUUCCCAAGCAGGUCCCGGCAAUUUGGAAGUGACGGUGAAUGGCGGUCGAGUGCCAACGUCGGCACAGGCUCAGGGUCAACACACGUAUGCCAUUAGUUUCACACCUCGCGAGGCGGAGAGUCACACGGUGGAGUUGCGUUUUAAUAGCCAGGAUGUGCCUGGCUCACCAUUCACGUGCCGGGUUGCGGCUGCUGCUCGCAUACAGUCUCCAGAGACAAUGGACAAGGUUAGCGUGGGUCGCCUCUUUGAGUUCAUUGUGGAAUCGGACACAAAGCCAUCUGUUGAGGUGCUCGGUCCGGCCAGACGCAGUGUGCCAGUGAAAAUCGAUGCACUCGGCUCCACGCUGGGCUACAAUAUUAAGUUUGAGCCCAUGGAAGUGGGUGAUCAUUCGGUGGAGGUGCGUCUUCCUGGUGGUGGCCACGUGGAGGGAAGUCCCUUCCUGCUGAAGGCCUACUCUGCGGAGAAGGUGAUUGUGACGGACAUACGACCGGGCGUGGUCAAUAAAAGCGUCAGCUUCGGCAUCAAUGCCUCCCAGGCGGGUGCCGGCAAUCUGGAGAUCAUUGUCGCCGUCAAUGGCAAAAAUGUGCCUAAUUUUGUCCAAUCCGAGGGCAAUGCCCGCUUCAAAGUGAACUUCAAACCCACCGAGGCGGCUGCUCACUCGCUCUCGGUGCGCUUCAAUGGACACCCAGUGCCCGGAUCACCUUUCAGUUGCCACAUUGCAGCUGCUGCCGCCAGCUCGUUGGGAUUGCCACGUGCCCUGGCCAUGGGCGAGUGCCUGAAGCAGGCAGCCGUUAAGCUGGACAAUACCUUCGAGCUGGAGGGCUUCGAUGGUAUUGAGCCGCAGAUAUUUGUCACAUCGCCCUCCGGCGACAACGAGCACUGUCAGCUGAGCCAGCACGACGGCGGAAGCUAUAGCGCCUCCUUCCGUCCCAGCACAGUGGGUCGUCAUCUGAUCACCGUGCUGGCCAACGAUCAGCACAUCAAUGGUUCACCCUUUAGUUGCAAUGUGUUUGAUGUCUCUCGCGUUAGCAUUAGUGGAUUGGAGCAGCAAUAUGGACCCGCCACGCUUGGUGUGCCUGUUACGUUUAGUGUAGAUGCAGCGGGUGCUGGUGAGGGUACCCUCGAGUUGGUCGUCUCCACGGACAGCAGCACUGUUAAGGCGGAGGUGGUGGCCUGUGCUCGUGGCCUCUACGAUGUGACCUUUGUGCCUCAGAGUACGGAGCCCCAUUAUGUGAAUAUAACGUUCAAUGAGGUUGCUGUAGAUGGUAGUCCGUUCCGUGUGGACAUUCAACAGCACACACAGCACAUUCAAAUUGGCAGCUUGGCAGCCAUUGAUUUUCCAGCUGAUGAUCAGAUCGUGGAGAUACUCGGUCCGGAUCAAAAGUCUGUUCCGUACACGAUUAACAGACAGACAGCGGAGUUCCGCACUCACGUGACUGGAAAUUAUACGCUGCGUUUUAUUGAUCGCGAGACAAGACAGCAUAUUGGGACACGCACACUGUGCGCUUUCGAUCCCAUGCUGGUCAAGAUCACCGAGGUGGGCGAGGCCUUGUGCCAUCGACCGGCCAGCAUCAGCAUCUCGCUCAACGAAGCCGGACAGGGUGAUCUGUCGGCGCUGGUGCGUUGCGGAGUCACCGAAGUGCCGCAUACCAUUCGCGGACCCAGCAAAUCCGGUGUCUAUGAAAUUGUCUAUCAGCCGACACGCGUUGCACCACACAAGAUAAGCAUACUAUUCAAUGAUGUGCCCAUAUCGCUGAAACCGCUCGAGAUCAAUGUGCUGCCCGCCAGUGCCGGUAAAGAGAUCAGCGUCAGUGGCUUGGGGCUGUAUCAGGCACGCGUGGGCAAGACGACCUCUUUUGCCAUCGACACCGUCAAGCGGCCAGCGAGGGAGUUUGACGUAGUCGUUUCCGGACCCGGGGGACAGGCGCUUCCCGUGCGCUGCUAUCAGACCAAGAAUGGGCACCUGCAGGCGGAGUUUAGCAUCAACAAGCCAGGACAAUGUGUUAUCGAGGUGCUGCACCAGUCGAAACCGCUGCCGGGCAGCCCCUUCACAUGCGAGGCCUUCGACAGCAGCAAGGUUAGCGUGCAGGGCGUCACCAAGGAGCCACUGGCGCUACACAGCUCCAAUAGCUUCAGCGUGCGCACGGACAACGCCGGCACCGCUGAGCUGGAAGCAUUUGCCAUUUCGCCAACAAAUCAAAGUUUGCCCGUGCUCAUCAGCGAGCAGUCCGAGGGCAUCUACAAUGUGGAGUUUGUGCCUUCCCAGCCGGGCAACUACAAGCUGACGCUGAUGUACGGUGGCGAGACAAUACCCAGCUCUCCGCUCAACUUUAGCGCCUCGUCGAGCGGUGUGCGAAAUGAUGCACGCGCCGCCGGACACGGAUUGGAGGUGUGUCAUCGCAACAAGGAGGCUUCCUUUGUUGUCUACUGCCCAAUUGCGCCCAAUGUGCAGAUUGAGCGUGUCGAUGAGUUUGGCGAACGCAUCGAGCCGAAGAUCAAGGCACUGGGCAACAACGAGUGGCGCAUUUCGUAUGUCAUCCUAUCUGUGGGCACCUAUGAGAUUCGCGCCAGUUGCCCCAAUCGUGGCAGUCUGCCCGGCUCACCUUGGCGCGUCUGUUGCGUCGAGUCCACAAAGGUCACUCCUGUGGGUGGUUGGGGCACGCUGGUGGAUCACGAUGGCCGGCUGAUACUGCCAGCGCGCAUUAUCUUCGAUGUGGAGAACGCCGGACCCGGCAAGCUUGUCUGCAGCAUCGAUGGCAUCGAGAUACCCGUCGAUAAGCUGGCCGAUGGAAAAAUGUGCCUCAAUAUCACCGGUGAUAAUUUGGCAGCCGGUGAGCAUGACCUGGACUUGACCUGGAGCGGGCUGACCAUCACUCAGUGCCCGCGUAGCGCAUUUGUCACCGGCCAGCAGGCUGCCGAUAAGGUUGUGCUAAUGGGUCGUGGUCUGGCUGCCGCCCAAGCUGGCGAGGCAGCGCACUUCACCAUCGAUGCUUCGAAUGCACCAGCUGGUAGACCAGAGGUCAUUCUGAUUACACAAGACAACACAGCAUUGCCCGUGAGCCUGGCCCAGCCGCGUCCCAGCGAGAACAUUUGGCUGGCCUCGUAUACGCCACAGAAAUCCAUGACGGGCACCUUGACACUGUCGGUCAAGUGGAACGGACGCCUCGUUAAGGGCUGCCCGCUCACAGUCGCCGUUGGCUCCUCCAUGGAUGCCUCCAAGGUGAUUGCGUCCGGCGAGGGUCUGCGCCACGGCAUCGUUGGCAAAGACAUCAAAUCCUGGAUAGACACACGACGUGCUGGCCCCGGCGAACUAACUGCCCACUGUGCUGGUGCCCGCAAAGUGGCCUACUGCGAGCUGUAUGACCACGGUGAUGCCACCUUCACGCUAAACAUUAAGCCCCAGGAGCCGGGUCGUCAUCUGCUCACCAUCAAAUACGGUGGACAGAAUGUGCCCGGCUCACCAUUUGCGCUGAAGGUAGCCGGCGCACCGGACGCUAGUAAGGUUCGUGUCUAUGGUCCCGGAAUAGAGCACGGAGUUCUGGCGACCUUCCAAUCACGCUUCAUAUGCGACACACGUGGCGCCGGCGCUGGGCAGCUGACAGUGCGAGUGCGCGGACCAAAGGGCGCUUUCCGCGUGGAGAUGCAGCGGGAGAGCCAAAAGGAUCGCACCAUUCUAUGCAAGUACGACCCUACGGAGCCGGGUGAUUAUCGUGUUGAGGUCAAGUGGGCUGGCGAAUUUGUGCCUGGCUCACCGUUCCCCGUCAUGAUCUUCGACACUGAGGAGGAGUUACGAAGGUACUUGCAGGGCAUAUGAGGCCAAAUCAACCAUCCCAUCAUUAUCUUCCCCAGUGGCCUAAGCCCGCCCAUACGCUAUCAUUCAGCAACUCCACAGCGUAGUUCAGCCUGUGUGCCGCUCUAGCCGAUGGAUCAAACUCGUAUUGUAUAUAUUAUGUGGGAUAUAUACAUGGACGUACAUAUAGCUAACAAUGCAGAUCGUAAAGGUCGAUAUAUAUAUAUAAAUAUAUAUAUAGGUUACGAGUACUAACUAGUUUUAGAAGCGAACGAAUCGAAACAAUUAUCAGAAGUCUAGAAAGGCUUCGGCGCUACGAUAAAUAGCUUUCUGUUCUUAUAGUAGUUCUAGAAAUAAUACCUAUAAUACCUACGUAAUACAAUGUUAUUAUUGCAAAACAAUUGACCCAAAUGUGUGGCAAAGUAUUCGAUACAAAUACACGACAUUUUACAAAAUA